AGUGGAGGUCUGACUUCACUCCUCUCUGACUGUAGACGGACUCGCAGGUCUUCCAGCAGAACUUUACACAUUAUUCACUUCAUACUGGUUUAUCUGAAGCUUUCGGAGAGUACAGUGUUCCUGCUGCCAUGAUUCCAGCUCCACCACUGAGAUGGGUUUUACUGAUUCUCUUUCCGACUCUCAGCCAUCAGACGUCUGGAACAUUUUCAGUGAAGGUUCAGUCUCCAGCCUCAGGGUUCCUUGGUUCCUCUGUGUCUCUACACUGUGCUCUUGUAAACAACAUGGAUGCUCGAAACCUGGAAGUGAGCUGGUACCAUCCCAAAAUGCAAAACACCCCGAUCCUGUCCUACAAGAACACACAGAUCCAGAGUCCUGUAGAUGUUCAGUACCAGCGCAGAGUGUUCCUGUUAGGAGAACUGGAGAAAGGAGAUGUCUCUCUGAAGCUGGAGAACCUGACGCUAGCAGAUAGAGGAGAAUACGUGUGCCAUGUGAGCAGUGAUAACUGGUACGACAAGGCCACGGUGUCCCUCACAGUGAGAGUGGUGGGAUCCACUCCUGUUCUCUCUUUAACUGGAGCAGGAGGAGGACAGAUAAACGUUAGCUGUCAGUCACAUGGGUGGCUUCCUGAGCCGUCAAUCACCUGGACAGAUAAAGAGGGGAGAGAUCUGAAACAUCUGAGCAAAGACAAGUUCAGCAACAGUUCUGAAGGGGUUGUGGAUGUGUCCUCGUGGCUGAUUGUGUCUCCCUCGGAGUCUGAGUGGAUCUCCUGCUCUGUGGGUUUGUCUGAUCAGGAGAGAAAAGAAGGCAGAAUAAUGUUAUUCGUCCCUGCAGGUGUCACGGAGUCGUGGAGUGGAUACUUCAUUGUGAUUCCCAUCCUCCUUCUUCUUCUUCUUCUUCUUCUGCUGUGUGCUGCCGGAAUUACAGUGUAUCGUAAAAAAGGUCUGAUUUUCUCCAAGAGAAAAGGGACAGAAUAUACAGAAGGAACUCCAUCAGAAACUGCACCUCUGAGUAACAUCUGUAUGGAGAGUCAGGAUCAGAAUGAUGCUCCAUCUAUAAUUCCUCAUUCUGUGGUUGUAGAUAUAGAUCAACCUUCUGAGCAAAGGGAAAAAACGCCACCAGCUCCAUGUCCAGAUCUCAAUCAGCAGAAAUCAUCUGAACAGCAGAAUCCUGAAGAAGUGAAAGAAACCCCACACGUUGCAGAAUCCAGAGAAGAGGACCCAGGAUCCUGCUCCUCCUCACCAGGGUUCUCCACUGCUGGUUCAACCACUGAUAAACCAAACUUCACUCCCACCACCUCAAAUCCCACACCUGCUGCUACCAUCUCAGAGUCUGCCACUGUCUCCACAACAUCUGCAGGAAGUUUCAGCUCAGCCAAUAAACAUCCUACCAAAAAUGCUGAAAGAAAAAGAAAAAACACCAAAGGGAGAAAGAACAAAGACAGAGCAAAUGAAACAGAAAGCUCUUUUAACAAAGCUAAAGCAAGAGAAAUCAGUACCAGGACAUUUAACAUGGAAAGCAAAGCAGACUGCUCUGAGUCCAAGCAUCUCUGUAAGCAAGAAGCAGUAGAGAGUGAAGAUUUGGUCCAAGUGAAAAAAUUCAAAGUGAACAUCACCAUCGACGGAGAGGAAACUCCAGAGUUCCUGACACACGAGGAAAAGGAGGUGAAGUGCUCCACUCCAGUGAAUACAUGGGACAGAAAUCCUGAUGAUGAUAAAAUCUUCACUCUGUGUAAAGAGAAGUUUCACUGUGGUAAACGUUAUUGGGAGGUGAAAGUGAGAGCGUCACAUAAAGAAGAGAAACUGUCCUGGUUCGUUGGUGUAGCGAGUGAUGCAGCUGAGAGAAAGUACAGCGUCCCGUUUACACCACACAAUGAACUCUGGGUUCUCUGCUAUGAAAGAGAAACAGGGCUUUAUAUCGGAGACGAAACAGAACGCAUUUCAGUCCCAGACGUUAAUAAAGAGCUCACAGCAGUGGGAGUGUUUUUAGACUGUGAUAAACACACACUGUCAUUUUAUAAUAUUGAUACACAAUCACACAUCUACACUUUCACUAACGUGGAGCCCAAAACACCUCUGCGUCCUCUGAUCAGCCCCGGAGUCCGAGACAGUCAUCCUGUACGCAUUCUUUAGUAAAGUAAUCUUAUCUGUAUUUCUAUCAUUUGUGAUUAUGAAGUGUACGUAACACAUUCACAACAUCUUCCAUCUCUGAAUAGUGAAAUGAUUCCUCACAGCUGUAAAUACGCUCCUUUAGUACGGCUUACUGUAGUUAGAAAAUACAUUUUUAUGAUAUCGUUACUGAUAUGACAAUAAAGUGUGGACAUGUAAGUUU